ACACAUCUGGAGAGUGUAUCCUACAGGCUCCGAAGUGGACAUGGAACCAAUUUCUACUUUGUCACCUCUCCUGCCAUCUGGAAUCCAGGCAGCUUAUGAAAAUACGAACGAUCAGGUUUUUUUCUUUAAAGGUAAUAAAUUCUGGAUGAUUAGUAGGCUUCAAAUGCAGCCUGGCUAUCCUCAACCUAUUGACAAGUUGGGAUUCCCAACAAAUGUUGAGAAAAUCGAUGCUGCUGUUUUUGAUAAAGAUACUGGAAAAACCUAUUUCUUUGUUGGCAACCAAUACUGGAGGUAUGAUGAAAAUACUCGGUCCAUGGAUGAGGAUUAUCCAAGGAAUAUAAGCGAUGAUUUUCCUGAAAUUGAUGAGAAGAUUGAUGCUGCCUUCCAGUUGAAUG